AUGUCUUUUGAGGGCGGCGACGGUGCCGGGCCGGCCAUGCUGGCUACGGGCACGGCGCGGAUGGCGUCGGGGCGCCCCGAGGAGCUGUGGGAGGCCGUGGUGGGGGCUGCCGAGCGCUUCCGGGCCCGGACGGGCACGGAGCUGGUGCUGCUGACGGCUGCGCCCCCCCCGCCCCCCCGUCCGGGCCCCUGCGCCUAUGCAGCCCAUGGUCGAGGGGCCCUGGCCGAGGCGGCCCGCCGCUGCCUCCACGACAUCGCCCUGGCCCACCGGGCAGCCGCCGCCGCCCGGCCCCCCAUGCCCCCACCAGCACCGCAGCCGCCCAGCCCUGCACGGAGCCCACCCCGGCCUACCCUGGCCAGGGAGGAAGAUGAGGAGGAUGAGGACGAGCCAACGGAGACAGAGACCUCUGGGGACCGGCUGGGUGUCAGCGAUAAUGGAGGACUCUUUGUGAUGGAUGAGGAUACCACGCUCCAGGACCUGCCCCCCUUCUGCGAGUCAGACCCUGAGAGCACGGAUGAUGGCAGCCUGAGCGAGGAGACCCCCGCUGGGCCCCCAGCCUACUCAGUGCCCCCAGCCUCAGCCCUGCCCACACAGCAGUACGCCAAGUCCCUGCCCGUGUCCGUGCCCGUCUGGGCCUUCAAGGAGAAGAGGACAGAAGCUCGGUCAUCUGAUGAGGAGAACGGGCCGCCCUCCUCGCCGGACCUGGACCGUAUCGCGGCGAGCAUGCGCGCGCUGGUGUUGCGGGAGGCCGAGGACACUCAGGUCUUCGGGGACCUGCCGCGGCCACGGCUCAACACCAGCGACUUCCAGAAGCUGAAGCGGAAAUACUGA